UGCUUGACUAAAAUUCACCAGUGCCACGGAUACAUUUUUUUCCGUUCAUGAUUCGGCUUUGUGAGAGAAGGAUGAAGUUUCUGGUCGCAGUCACAGUUAUCGUGGGGUCGGUGAUAUUUCUGCUGUUUCCAAGCGGAUCACAAGCUGACGAGAAAAAGAAAGGGCCCAAAGUCACAGCCAAGGUUUAUUUUGACAUAAGAAUCGGGGAUGAAGACGCGGGUCGAAUCGUAAUUGGAUUGUUUGGAAAAACCGUGCCGAAGACCGUAGAUAAUUUCGUAGCACUGGCAACAGGAGAGAAAGGAUUUGGUUACCAAGGCAGCAAGUUCCACAGAGUGAUAAAGGACUUCAUGAUCCAGGGCGGCGACUUCACCAGAGGAGAUGGAACCGGAGGAAAGAGCAUCUAUGGAGACCGCUUCAAAGAUGAGAACUUCAAGCUGAAGCACUAUGGCCCUGGCUGGCUGAGCAUGGCUAACGCAGGAAAGGAUACCAAUGGCUCCCAGUUCUUCAUCACCACUGUUCAAACUCCCUGGUUGGAUGGAAAACAUGUUGUUUUUGGCAAAGUCUUGGAGGGCAUGGAGGUGGUGCGAAAGAUUGAAGGCACCAAGACAGAUGGCAGAGAUCGGCCUCUUAAGGAUGUGACCAUUCACGAAUGUGGCAAGAUUGAAGUGGAGAAACCAUUUGCCAUUUCUAAAGAGUAAAUAAUUUAAAUGGGAAACAGGACUUUGGGUUUUGGGGAUUUGACAGGUGUGUUUACCACUAGUCACAAGGUCUUUUGUUGGAGGCAUGUAUAAAGUGCUUCAAAGCACCAUCAUGCACUCUUGCAUGGCUGCAGUACUGGCCCACCAAAUGACACACCUCCAAACAGGCAUUCCAAAUGGUAACUGUCAGACAGACACCUGCUUUUUACAAGGAAAAAUCUUCAAUAAAAGAUCCAGGUUUUGUUA